GUAUGCAAUAUAUUUAUUAGAUGCCACACAUGAAGGUGCUUGGGAGAAAAGAGCUUCCUAUGUGUAUUACACAGAGUUAGGAUUUGAACUUGCUGCACUUAUUAUUGACUUCUGUCAUCAUCUACAUAUGCUAAUAUGGGGAAAUAUUUUCUUAUCCAUGGCAAGCCUAGUUAUUGCUAUGCAACUACGGUGUUUGUUUUAUGAAAUUAAGAAUCGUCUGAAAAAGUACAAGAAUUACCUGAGGAUAGUUAAACAUAUGGAAUGCAACUAUCCAAUGGCAACAGCUAAUGAACUGAAUAAGAAUAAUGAUGAUUGUGCCAUAUGCUGGGAUCAUUUAGAUUUAGCCAGAAAACUUCCAUGUGGUCAUCUGUUUCAUAAUUCAUGCUUGCGUUCAUGGUUGGAACAAGACACCUCAUGUCCAACUUGUCGUAAAGCUCUAAGUGAUAGCACAGAACGGGAUUGUAAUAAUACUGUAAAUAACUUCAAUCAUGUAGAUAUUUUAGAUCAAGAAGCUGGAAACCAGUCAAGCAAUCAGUCAAGAAAUCAGUUUUUUCAUUUUGAUGGAUCUCAGUAUGCUAGUUGGUUGCCUAAUUUUCUUGUAGAAGUUACCCAUAAUGAUGUUUCUAAUGAGAGACACAUUUCAUCUGGCCAUACAUCUCAGCUUGAUGGCAUGGGUCGUCAGGUUCAGCAGAUGUUCCCACAUAUGCCACUGAACAUAAUAUUAGAUGACCUUCAGUCAACUAAAUCUGUUGAAGUUACUAUUGAGAAUAUUUUAGAUGGAAAACUAGUCACUCCACCAUCUGUUUUUCAAGGCAGUUAUCACCAGAACAUUCAAGAAUCAAGCUUUCAGGCAUGUUAAACCAUUUUUAUUAUUUUCUUAGUGAUUAAUAUAAAAGGGGAUGACCUGGAAAUUCUUUUUAGAAUAAUGUAGAACUAGUAUAUCAGAGCUCUAGAUAUAUGUAUUUAUCACUAAAAGAUGCGUGAAUUUGUGCAGAAAAUGAAUUCUCACAAUUGUAUAUUUAAGAGAAUGUAGUAUUAGUAUAUCAGAGCUCUAGAUAUAUGUAUUUAUCACUAAAAGAUGCACGAAUUUGUGCAGAAAAUGAAUUCACAUCACAAUUGUAUAUUUAAGAGAAUGUAGUACAGUAGACUUCUGCUGCAAAGGAAAAUUUUUUAAAUUGAAAUAUUUAAUGUAAUUUGAAUCUUAGAAAAAUUCCAUUCUUAAAAUAUAAUAUUGAAUAAAAAAUUAGAAACAUGCUUUUUUAUUUCAAAACUGCUAUUUGUUUAUCUUUAGGUUUUCAAAAUGUGACUUUUGAAAGAUAAAUAAAUUGAAAAGAAGUCAAACUUAAAUGCUUUCACUAGCAUCCAUUUUUACACCUACUGCACAUACAUCCUUACUUUUUAUUUCUGUUAUAUGCUUGUACAUAUUUCUGUUCCUUUUUCAUUUCACAACAAUAUAAUCUCUUAGCUAUAGUUACUUAAUGCAAUAAAAAUGAAAAACAAGAAUUUUUUUCAGAAAUUUUGUAAUUAAUUUUGCUUAAAAAUUUCAUUAUUUUUACAUGAAUUAAUGCAUACAAAUGACACAUACACAUAAAUAUCAUGUGCACAGAAAUCUUUACCCAGCUUUUAUUUUCACAGCUAUUGGUUAGACAUAUAUUUCAAUUAUAAAAAUAUUUUAAAUGGUGCAAAUAAUUGUUUUGGCAAUUUUUAUUUAUAUUAAAAAAAUCAAUUUUGUAAAAAUCAAGAAGUCUAACAUUUUGUACAUAUACCAAUAUUCAGAAAAUUUUUAUACUGAUUAUUUCUUUUAUUUCUAAUUUUAUUUAUUAUUAUACCAAAAGAAUUUUCACAAAAGUAAUUUAUGAGUUUUCAAAUGCUAUAAAUACACUAAUAAUAUUUUCAUGAAGUUUUAUUAGUUUAGAAUUAGAAUGAUAAUCUAAUAACGAUAUGAAAAAUUAUUAAAUUUAAAAUAUUUUUCAUUUUUAAUUUAUGUAAAUAAUGUUAUGAGAUGUCUUUGAGACAAUACUAAAGCUUGCCAGUGUUUUUCUAGAACAUUCUAGUAUAUCCUAUAAUCAAUGCUGGCCAAAAUAAAGGCAGAGUGGAGACUUCUGUGGAUGCUGCACAGCACGAUAUGUAUCUCUGUGUGUAUAUAUGAGCAUACAUGUAAAUAUUUAAAACUCUGCACUUUUGAUAUGCUUGUCAAAAUGGAUUAUUGCUGAAAUUCUUCAAAAGAGAAAUAACCCAUGUCUAAUCUUGACGUAUCUCAUUCCGCAUUUGUUAGGUACUCUAUCAUCAACACGAAAGACUAAUAAAUGCUUCAUAAAUUAGCUUUAAUGUCGAGAAUUUUCACUGAAACCUAUUAUUUUAUAUUGUACAUUCAAUUGAACAAUAUGAAUCUGAAAGUAUAUCAUGGUCUGAUUUUUAUUUUUUGGAAAGUAUUUCAUUUAUCCAAAACAUUCUGUGUAAUACGUAAUUUAUAUAUAUAUCCUGGUAACCAAAUUAAAAUACAUUUGAAAGUUAAUUUUCAUGAAAUUGUUUUUAACUGUUAUUUUGUGAACAAAAACGAAAGAUAACAAAAUAAAAUUUUUUGCAUAACACUACUUUCCAUGAAUGCAAAUAAAUGGAAUUCAUACCUCUAGUUUUAUAUUUAUGGGCUUUGGUUUUAUAUUUUUAAUCUUACAUUUAUGAAUUUUGUCUGACAAGCUUUAGAAUUAUAAUUUAGUCAUUGUUUUUAUAGAAUUCUUAUACUUUUAUUACAUUUCAAAGAAGCUAUAUUACUUUUGGUUAUUAUAUAAAAUCACAUCUUUGCAAAAUAAAACAUGUAGGCGAAUUGGAACUGAAGGACAAAAAUAGAGAGAAUCUUAAAGCAGUUCUUGGCUUUUUUUUUUUUUUUUGCCACUAUCCAAAACAUACCUUUGUCUUCAUUAUGACCUUCUGCAUAGGCAAUCCACGUGUUACCAUUUGGAAACACAUAAUCUCUUUUACAUUAAUCAGUCCAUUACUGAUUAACAAAACUGAGCAAUUUAGUAAUAACAAAACACUCCGUAAUGUUUUGUAACUUUACUUUUUUAAUAUUCUAUGUAAUUGAUAUAAAUUAAAAUGUUUUCAGUUUACAAUAUAUCCAGUUGUUAACUUUUAUAAACAUUUGCGACUUUGUCAAAAAAAAUUCUAAAACUGUAUGA